AAUUUAUUGAUAAAAAAAAACUAAAAAAUAAUAAAAAAAAUUCAAAAUGAAGAGAUCACCAAUUAUUUAUCUAUUUUUGGUGUUGGUCAUUUUCAUUAGUUGCGGUGCUUCUGUGGCUCAAACCUAUUUUGAUUCAUUACCAAGAUGGGAUGAUGCUGGAGUUGGAGAUGGACCUUCUAAGUCUCCCAGUGCAGCACCUCACGCUGGCGUCAUGUACAUAGAGAACAUAGUGGAACCACCAUGUAUGCAAACUAAUGGUGAAUGUAUUGAUGAUAAAUGCAAUGACGAUUGCUACAAAAAUCAUGGUCGAGAUGGAAGAUGUAUGGUUGUUCCUGAUAAAAAUUUAUGUUGUUGUGGUAUUUAAUUUUAGAUCAUGUCAUUCAACAUACAUAAUCAUUUGAGGGAAGAAAUUUUCAUAAUAUGUUUUCCUUCGAUUAAUAAUGAUUCAUGACUUAUGAUGAGUUCUAGCUAUUUUAGAAGCAGUAAGUUUAUUCUUUCGAAGUGCAGUUGCAUUUUAC